GAAAAGUCUUGGCAUUUUUUUCCUACCCACUCUGAGCUCCCUUAGUAGCCCCGUUCAACUGUAGUUUAAGUUAUGGUAUGUCCUUUGGAAACUGAUAUAUCCGCAGAUUCUGCUGGUCUGGAUCUCCAAUUACGGAAAAUUCCGCUGUGAUUGUGUCAUGAUUAUUGGUUGUGGCGAUCUGAUAAGAUCCACUAGCGAAGCGAUAACGGAAUUCCGGAUAUGGACGGUUUUUCGGCAAUACGGAUAUAUAGAGAUGAACUUAUAUCAAGGAACUGCGAAUAAUAACCUCUGAAGAGAAGAGCUUAUGAUCUUUGAUAUACAGCUGAAAGAUUAUCUGGAUCGCAGGUAGUCGGUUCGACUGUUGGGUGUUGUUGAAGUUGUAGUUCGGCAUGAAGAUUUAGUUUCUGGAUUGGGACAAGGAAUAGACUAUAUGGCGACUGAGCUUAGGACCCCGUCCGCGGGGGCUUCGUCUACCGACAUCGAAAGGCAGCCUGAUGGGCAGCCUGAUGGCAUUCAGAAACGAUUAACUGUUACGUUCCGCGAUUUGAGUAUACGAGUCACGGCUCCAGAUGCAGCAUUGGGCAGCACAUUGUUAUCCGCCGCCGACCCUCGACGCUUGCUGAAUUUGUUUCAACGGAACAAACAGCCGAAAAGGACAAUCCUCAAUGAAAUCAAUGGACAAGUUCGGCCGGGUGAAAUGUUACUGGUCCUUGGCCGUCCCGGCUCUGGAUGUACGUCUUUACUUCGAGUCUUGUCCAAUGACCGUGCGGCGUUCGAUGAAGUCAUUGGUGAAACGCAUUAUGGAAGCAUGGAUCACAACGAAGCGAAGGCCUUCCGGCAGCAGAUCAUGUUCAAUAACGAAGAUGACAUUCACUUUCCCACCUUGACUGUUAAUCGUACAAUGAAGUUUGCGCUUGGAAACAAAGUCCCCCGAGAACGGCCAUCACAUCUACAAAGACGCAGUGAUUUCAUCCGGGAGAGCAGGAACGAGAUUUUGGAGUCGUUGAGGAUAGACCACACGAAGAAAACCAUGGUUGGAAAUGAAUACGUGCGAGGUGUUUCUGGAGGCGAGAGGAAGCGUGUAUCUCUGGCCGAGUUUAUGGCUGGUCAGAGUCCCAUUCAGUUCUGGGACCAACCGACGCGUGGUCUCGACUCAAAAACUGCAUUUGAACUUGCCCGGUUGAUGCGUCGCGAAGCUGAGCGCAAAGAACGGACUAUUGUGGCCACCAUGUAUCAGGCAGGAAACGGCAUCUACAAUGAAUUCGACAAGGUUCUCGUUCUGGCGGAAGGCCGAAUUACCUAUUACGGUUAUCGCAAUGCUGCCCGACAAUACUUUGAAGAUCUUGGAUUCGUCUGCCCAAAGGGUGCGAACAUUGCCGACUUCCUGACUUCAGUUACAGUGGCGACAGAACGUGUGAUUCAGCCUGGCAUGGAGGAGAAGGUUCCCAAUACAGCUGCAGAGUUCGAGAAGCGUUAUAAAGAGAGCGAAGUCUUUACUCAGAUGAUGGAUGAGAUUGUUCCUCCGGAGAAGUUAACUUAUGAGGUUGAAGACCUCAAGAUGGCGGUGGCAAGUGAACAGCGAAAGCACCAUAUUCCAAGGAAACACAGCGUAUAUACUGCCGGACUCUGGGAUCAAAUUGUUGCAUGCACUAUUCGCCAAUUCCAGAUUAUGAUGGGAGAUAAAUUGUCACUGGCUAUCAAGAUAAUAUCGGCCAUCAUCCAGGCCCUUGUAUGCGGCAGUUUAUUCUACAACCUCAAAGACGACAGUACAUCCAUCUUCCUUCGACCGGGUGUUCUCUUCUUCCCCGUUCUCUAUUUCCUCAUGGAAUCGAUGUCGGAAACCACAGCCUCCUUCAUGGGACGUCCUAUCCUUUCCCGCCAAAAGAGAUUCGGUUUCUAUCGUCCAACGGCCUUCUGCAUCGCUAACACGAUUACUGACAUUCCGGUGGUGAUCUGCCAAGUGACAUGCUUUUCCCUCAUUAUCUAUUUCAUGGCUGCGCUCCAACUUGACGCAGGGAAAUUCUUCACUUUCUGGAUCGUCGUUAUUGUCGAGACUCUGUGCUUUCAGCAAUUGUUCCGUGCAAUUGGCGCCGUGUGCAAGCACUUCGGGCUUGCCUCCAUGCUGACUGGACUGCUGACCACAAUAUUCUUCGUCUACGGUGGUUACUUGAUCCCCUUCGAAAAGAUGCAUGUCUGGUUCAGAUGGAUCUUUUAUCUCAACCCAGGUGCAUACGCAUUUGAGUCGCUUAUGGCGAACGAAUUCAGCGGAUUGAAGUUGGACUGUGUUGCACCGGAUUACAUUCCCUACGGAAAUGGUUACUCGGACUCAGUGUCGCAGUACAGAGGAUGCUCUGUUCUGGGAAGCAAUGCUGAGGGAGUCAUUGAUGGCAAUACUUAUAUUCGUGAGCAGUACCACUACUCCCGCCACCAUAUCUGGCGCGGAUUUGGUGUGAUGAUCGGGUUCUGGGCUUUCUUCCUUUUCGUCACAGCAGUUGGAUUCGAACUCCAUGACAGCAAAGGAGGUUCAUCCAUGCUUCUCUACAAACGUGGAGCAGGGAAGACAAAGCGUGAUGAGGAAGUUUCUUCUCAGAAACAGGAAGAAGUGAAGGCCAACGCACUUUCUCAAUCACUGAAGCAGUCCACCUUCACCUGGAAGGACCUAGACUAUUAUGUGCAGUACCAUGGAGAGCAGAAGCAGCUCCUGAACAAGAUAUUCGGGUUCGUGAAACCAGGAAAUCUUGUCGCCCUUAUGGGAAGCUCCGGCGCGGGAAAAACCACGCUACUGGACGUGUUGGCGCAACGUAAAGACGCUGGUGAAAUUCGCGGUUCCGUCUUAAUUGACGGACGACCUCAAGGGAUCAGUUUCCAGCGUACAACCGGCUAUUGUGAACAGAUGGAUGUUCAUGAGGGUACCGCUACCGUCAAGGAGGCUCUGAUCUUCUCUGCCGUUCUCCGCCAGCCAGAAUCUGUUCCUUACGAAGAGAAGCUAGCUUAUGUUGAGCACAUCAUUGACCUGCUGGAGCUGAGGGAUAUUAGUGAUGCGUUAAUUGGACAACCUGGUGCUGGUCUCAGCAUCGAACAGCGCAAACGUGUUACUCUCGGCGUGGAGCUCGUUGCGAAACCAACACUUCUCUUCUUGGAUGAACCCACUUCUGGACUUGAUGGCCAGUCUGCGUACAACAUUGUUCGUUUCCUGAGGAAACUGGUCGACGGUGGACAGGCUGUUCUUUGCACGAUUCACCAGCCUUCUGCUGUCCUGUUCGAUGCUUUCGACACUCUGCUCCUUCUAGCAAAGGGCGGUCGGAUGACCUAUUUCGGAGAGACUGGAAAGGAGUCCUCUAAGGUUCUGGAGUACUUUGCGAAGAACGGCGCGCCUUGCCCGCCGGACGCUAAUCCUGCUGAACACAUCGUCGAGGUCGUCCAGGGAAACACUGACGUGCCCAUCGACUGGGUUGAAGUCUGGAAUAACUCCGAAGAACGCCAACGGGCACUCACCGAACUGGAAGCGUUAGUCGGUGCUGGCAAAGCGGACCCGAACUAUGUCGAGGAUACUGCGGACUUUGCAACAUCGCGUUGGUUCCAGUUCAAAACCGUUAGCCAUCGACUUAUGGUCCAGAUCUGGCGAUCUCCGGAUUAUAUGUGGAACAAAAUCAUUCUCCACGUCUUUGCGGCGCUCUUUAGCGGUUUCACUUUCUGGAUGAUGGGAAACGGCUCAUUCGAUCUUCAACUGCGCCUGUUCGCUAUAUUCAACUUCAUCUUCGUUGCUCCCGGAUGUAUCAAUCAGAUGCAACCAUUCUUCCUUCACAACCGCGACCUCUUUGAGACCAGGGAGAAGAAGUCUAAAAUUUACCACUGGGUGGCUUUUAUUGGUGCUCAGGCAGUCUGCGAAAUCCCGUACCUAAUCAUCUGCGCGACCCUCUACUUCGCUUGCUGGUACUUCACUGCUGGCUUCCCCGUUCGUGCUUCCAUAUCUGGCCACGUCUACUUACAGAUGAUCUUCUACGAAUUCCUCUAUACAUCGAUCGGCCAAGCCAUCGCUGCCUACGCUCCCAACGAAUACUUCGCCGCAAUCAUGAAUCCCGUCCUCAUCGGUGCCGGUCUGAUCAGUUUCUGCGGUGUCGUCGUCCCCUACUCCCAAAUGCAAUACUUCUGGCGCUACUGGCUUUACUACCUCGACCCCUUCAACUACCUUGUCGGCGGCCUUCUAGGCGAAGUGCUUUGGGAUGUCAAGGUGGAGUGCAAGCCCGAGGAACUCGUCCACUUUCAAUCUCCUCCUGGCCAAACAUGCGGAGAGUACAUGGCCAGCUUCCUCUCUGAACAAACUGGAUAUUUGCUCGAUUCGAACUCCACUUCGUGCUCGUUCUGCCAGUAUACGAGCGGAGCCGACUAUGCGAAGUCGUUCAACCUGAAUAAGAAAUACUAUUCUUGGAGAGAUACUGGCAUUACGGCCCUCUUCUGCAUCUCCUCAUACGCCCUUGUGUUCCUGAUGAUGAAGCUCCGGAGCAAGAAGACGAAGAGCGCUCGCUCUGAGUAGAUUCGCCCGCUUUAAGCGUGCGGAAUCUACACCACAGAACCGAAACCAAUCACCGAAGAUGCAGUCUUCAUGACGUGCAGCCAUAUUAAUAUUCGCAGCGCAUCUCUUUAAUCUAUACAAGAGAAUGUCUAGUAAUACUUUAUAUCGUUAAUCUUGCGUUUUUGGGCGUUGGAGGUCUUUCGGGAUACAUAUACACAGAUAAACAUAACUUAUAGAUUCUAGGAAGAUAUCAAAUAGCAAGGUUCAAUAAUGUCUUGCUACCUAUUUAUUCAAUCAAGUUAUUUUCUUUUCUUUUCAUCAUUAAUAUUU